AGAAAGUCUCGCACUUCACCCCGCACUCACUCCCCGACCCCGAGUCACGCGAGCGCCCACGCCACACGCCCACGUCCGCACCGCCCGGUGCCCACGCGCCCGCCCGAGUCACCAUCUCCGCUCCGCACGCGCAGCAUUAACCCUGCGGGCUACGGCACUCGCACCGCACCGGGCGCCGCCCCACCGCACUAGUGAAGUGGAGCUGGAGCCGCGGAGGCGGCUGGCUGGGCUCGCGGGAGAGUCUAUUAUUUCCAUCGGCACCAUCACGGCAGGGCGGCGCGCGGCGCGCGGCCAGCGGGUUUACAGACCCUUCUGUCUCUCUCGCUCGCUUCCAACGCUCGCGACCGGCUCUCCCUGCGCCCGUUCCCGGCGGCCGAAGCGAGUCGCGAACCCCUUUCCGUGGCUCCCGAGCGAGUCCUACGGGCGAUGCGGGCGGAUCGCGCGAUGGGGGAGGGGAGCGGCAACCAGCGGAUCGACCUGGGCGCGCCGCUCCGCUCGGCGCGCCUCGCCGACGCGCCGACGCAGUACAAGGCCGGCCUCAACUCCGGGCCCCUGCGCCACCCGGGCACCGUGCCCUUCGCGUGGGAGCAGCGCCCGGGCCAGCCCAAGAGCGUCCGCACACGCCGCGCGGCGCCGCCGACGCCCCCGCGGGAAACUUCCCGGGCGCGGCCGGGCGAGACAGGCGGCAGCCCCUACUACGACGCCGUUGCGGAGCUCGAUCUCCAGGCGCUUCGUGGCGUCGCCGACCAAGGUUCCCGGACUGCCGCCGCAUCGCGCAAGGUGGUGGUGGGGGAGAACGAGCUUGCGGUGGCGGUGGAAUCGACCAAGGAUGUGAAGAAGCACGAGGCGCUCCCGGCGGCUGCGGUCCUACAGAAGCAGGACGGCAUAGUAGAAGAGGAAGAGGAGAGGUUCUCCGACGCGCUCGACACGCUCUCCCGCACCGAGUCCUUUGCCAUGAACUGCAGCGUCAGCGGCCUCAGCGGCGCUCUGGACCCCGGACAUGGCGCCGAGCCAGGCUCCCGGGGCUUCAUGAUGGACCGGUUCCUUCCGGCCGCGCAGGCUGUCGCCGUGGGCUCCCCGCAGUACACCUUCCGGAAGGCCGGCGCCGCCGGUGGCACCGGCAAUUCUGGCAGCGGGCACGCGCGCGCGGCUGCGGUGAAGGCAGGCGUGGGCAAUGGCGAGGAUCGAAUGAGGAGAGCGCCUGUCCAGCUCCCAUACCAGCACCUGCCGCCCAAUUACUUGUCCUGCGCCUAUCCAAGACACGAAGAGCAUGAAGAGGAGGAUGAAGGGGAUGACGAUGACGAUGACUAUGAUGUGCAUAGUACCCGGGGGUUUUCAGCCAAGGGGUGUGGUUUGCUCCCUAGCCUAUGUGCGAAAACUUCCUUGUUGCUCUUAAAUCCAAUGCCUGCAAUGAAGCGCGGCAAGGUGCGAGGGCGAGUUAGAGGCUGGCAGUUACCGUGCAAAGGCCAAGGCCAAGGCCAAAUGGCGCAGAGUCCGCUUGCGCGGAGCUCGCAGAACAAGCACCUGGGAUGUGAUUCCAACGGGCAAUCAUGGGAGGAUGUGUAUAAGCAUAAGUUGGAGCAGAAGUAUCUUGGUCAAGGAGAGGAUGAUAGGAGGAGCAAGCUGACAAGUGAGUCGAAUCAGCUUACUUUCUGGAGUGAUUCACCGACUGGGGAUGGAUCUUCACCAUAUUACCAUUCCAUAGCUGGUGGCAUGUCUCCAUAUCGCAGUUAUGCUGUGAUGUCACCAUCAAGUAAACCAAAUGGGUCGUCUGGAACAGGAGAUAAGGAUGAUAAAGCAAGUAGGAGCAAUGGUUCUGGUUCGUUUGGGAAAGACCAUGAUCGAACCUCGUUGGUUGGAUCAGAUGAUAGUAGCUUCAAGCGAUCAAGUUCCAUGAGCUCAGGACCAGAUGGAACAGUGCAUGAAGAUUCAAUGGAUCACCACAGAGAUACUGAUUCAGACACAUGUCACUUGGGUGUGCUUGUGCAUACAAAAGCAGCAUUGGAUGCAAACAUAUAUGACACUCAACCUGGAGGGCGAAAGACAGUUGGAAAUAAUUUGAUUGUGAAAGAUCAAGUCAAUGAUCCAUUGACUGAAAAGAUCGCUGAACUUAGAGAACCCACAUUUCCAUUGGAUGAUGGAAAAGAUUUGCAGCGUAAUGCUAGUCAUGAGUUACCACAACAUCUCGAAGACAAUGAUGUUGCCAAAAAGGAAAUCAUACCAUUACAAUCUCUGCUCCCUUUACCAGUACCCAAAUCACCUUCAGAGUCGUGGCUUUCUCGCACUUUGCCAUCCGUGACAAAUAGGUCACCUCUGCCAUCUUUUCUUGGAAUUCAAGUACACUCAAAGAAACAGGCUCCCUGGGUCAUAACGCAACCAAAGGAGAAUGAUCAUAAACCUUCCAGGCCACGACAGAUAAGAUUUGCAGAUGUAGUAGAAAAACCAACUUCGUUGGAUUCGGAGAUAUGAUAUCUUCUCGCAAAACCAGUAUCUAUCCAUUCAUGGUGUUGCCUUGAAGGCUAUCAAGGUCAUAUACCUCACUGGCACUUACGAGUUCCUAGGAUGUGCCUCUGCUUUUUACAGAUGUGGUCACUUGAUACAGCUGCUGGUUACCACUUACCAUGUUGGUAAUUGGAGUUCACAUGCCAUGUUUGCUGGACUGUGGUCAGUAUGUUUCUCAUGGUAAGCUGGUAGGUGGUGGUUUAGGUUUGGAGUAAAUCUUAUAUUCGUACAGGAUGACUUCAGCUUUCUUCCUUACUGUCGAUAGUGAAAUAAAGCAAUAGUACCCAAAACCAAAAAAGGCCGAGUUGUUGCAAAAUGUAAUGCAUCCCAAAGAAUAAGAAGAUGUCAAAACAGAUUAGGCUUCCAUUCCUGGUACAUUUUCUAUUCGUAAUUGUAUCAGCUGGAUAUGUCAGUACUUGUGCUUGAUAGAAUCAUAGAACUGUAUCUAGUGCCAUAUGUUGUGUCAGUUGUGUCUGACAGUAAGUAUAUUCAGCAUAUUUCAUAUCUAUAGUAAAUUUAUUUGCUACAUUGUUGUCAUUGAUUGACAUCAAGAUGGAAGAUUAUAUAGCAGAAGCAGCAACGUUCCAACUGUAAAAGCUUUAGAGAUUCUCCAAAAAGUGUUGCCAUGUGAUGAGCUCAUGAGCAGAACCUUAUGAAUUGACGCAUGACCUCAACAAUUGACUAUCGGAUGUGGGUCAACUGCCGAAUGGGUUGUAGUGCUGUUCAACUAGAACACUCGUGGGGCUUUUCAUUUGUCGCCUCACAGAUAUUUUCUUGUGCUCUGUAAACAUCAUAUGAAUUCUGUGGGCAACUUAUAAAAAAAAGUAGUCAAAUGUUA